GUGUUGUCUUGUGUGCUCUCCUGUGCCGGAGUGAAUUUUAUCCCCGGACUGCCUGGUGACAGAACAUUGCAGUUGUACCGAUUUGGGAGCAAAAUAUGGAAUGUGUUUCACUGCUGACCGAAGGCAGCCAAAUGAACAGUAUUUAUAGUAGUUUGAAAAUCAGCAGUUAGCAGUUUCUUCACAUUCUAACACUACCCAGCACUUUCCAGAGAGAACUCAUUGUUUACAAGAAAUCUGCUUUCCAAAUCCGUUGCGGUGCCCUCCAGCCUUGACUAUUAACUAUUUGCAAAGGGGAAGCUAAUCUACAGUUUGGGGAAAGAUGGCAAUGGAUGAGUACCUGUGGAUGGUCAUUGUGGGUUUUAUCAUUGCUUUUAUUUUAGCCUUUUCGGUUGGUGCAAAUGAUGUUGCCAAUUCUUUCGGAACGGCUGUGGGCUCUGGUGUUGUUACUUUACGCCAGGCUUGCAUUUUGGCUUCAGUUUUUGAAACCACUGGCUCAGUAUUACUGGGAGCAAAAGUAGGAGAAACAAUUCGGAAAGGUAUCAUUGAUGUUAACCUGUACAACAACACCGUCCCACUGCUGAUGGCAGGAGAAGUGAGUGCAAUGGUUGGUUCUGCUGUUUGGCAGCUGAUUGCAUCAUUCUUGAAGCUCCCGAUAUCGGGGACCCAUUGCAUUGUAGGUGCUACGAUUGGAUUUUCUCUGGUGGCAAUUGGCACGCAGGGAGUCCAGUGGAUGCAGCUUGUCAAGAUUGUUGCUUCUUGGUUUAUUUCCCCACUGUUGUCUGGCUUGAUGUCUGGAGUCCUCUUUGUGCUGAUUAGAUUCUUCAUUUUAAACAAGGAAGACCCUGUGCCUAACGGUCUCCGCGCACUUCCAGUGUUUUAUGCUGCUACCAUAGCUAUUAACGUGUUUUCCAUCAUGUACACGGGGGCACCAGUACUGGGACUGGUACUGCCAAUGUGGGCCAUUGCUCUAAUAUCAGUCGGCGUAUCCUUAGUAUUUGCCGUUUUAGUCUGGAUUUUCGUGUGCCCCUGGAUGAAGAGAAAAAUAGAAAGCCGGUUAAAGAAAGAUGCUGCACUGUCAAGGAUAUCAGAUGAAAGUCUUGAUAAAAUUCAAGAUGAAGAAACACCAGUCUUUAAAGAGCUUCCCGGUGCCAAAGCAUCUGACGAGAGCACAAUUCCGCUUACUGGCUCAGUAACAGAAGCUGCUGGGGCAUCAGAUACUAUUGCAAAUGGAAACCAUCCACGUGUACCGUAUGGAAGGGCAUUUUCGAUGACGCACACCUCAGUGAAAUCACCUGUUUCCAAUGGCACCUUCAGCUUCGAUGGCCAGAUGAGGAGCGAUGGCCACGUUUAUCACACUGUGCACAAGGACUCAGGUUUAUACAAAGACUUGCUCCACAAAAUACACCUGGACAGGGCCACCGAUGAGCGGCCCGCUCAGGAAAACAACUACAAACUCUUACGACGCAACAACAGUUAUACUUGUUACACAGCUGCUAUUUGUGGCAUGCCUGUGCAUUCCUCCUUUAAGGCAGCGGAUACGUCAACCCCAGAGGACAGUGAGAAGUUAGUGGGAGACACUGUUUCCUACUCCAAGAAGCGAGUUCGCUAUGACAGCUACUCCAGCUAUUGCAACGCAGUGGCCGAGGCAGAGAUCGAGGCGGAGGAAGGUGGGGUGGAAAUGAAGUUGGCCUCUGAACUCGCAGAUCCUAACCGGCCCCCAGUUGAUCCCGUGGAAGAGGAUAAGGAAGAGAAAGACACAUCUCAGGUCCACCUACUUUUCCACUUCCUCCAGAUCUUAACAGCCUGCUUUGGAUCCUUUGCCCAUGGAGGUAAUGAUGUCAGCAAUGCAAUCGGUCCCCUUGUCGCGCUCUGGCUUAUCUACAAGCAAGGUGGUGUAAUGCAAGAAGCAUCGACUCCCGUCUGGCUGCUGUUUUAUGGAGGUGUUGGGAUCUGUGUGGGUCUCUGGGUCUGGGGUAGAAGAGUUAUCCAGACUAUGGGUAAAGACCUCACUCCAAUCACACCGUCAAGUGGAUUCACUAUUGAGUUGGCUUCGGCGUUCACAGUUGUGGUAGCUUCCAAUGUUGGACUUCCUGUCAGUACUACACACUGCAAGGUCGGCUCCGUGGUGGCCGUUGGCUGGAUCCGCUCCAAGAAAGCCGUUGACUGGCGCCUUUUCCGCAACAUCUUCCUGGCGUGGUUUGUGACUGUGCCAGUGGCUGGCUUGUUCAGCGCCGGGGUGAUGGCACUGCUGAUGUACGGGAUCCUGCCUUAUGUCUGAAGAGCCUCCUCCGCUGGGAAAAGGGGAAACGGCCAAGCUACGACCAAGGGGAGAAGCGUUCCCGUGAAAGAACCAGUCAGAGAGGAUCCAUGUUCCAUAUCUAAUUUCUUAUCUACUGUACAUAACAAUGUGUCAUAUUGGUGACAUGGUGAUGUGGUGCCAUUUCUUAUAUAUUAAAGAAAUAUAUAUAUGCAUAUAGUAGGUAACGAUACCUAAGUUAUAUUAUCAGUGGGGUGAAAAUAAUUGCCUAGAAUUUAAUAUUUAGUAAAAUUUGUACAUAGUGUAUCAUUUUGGUGGCAAUUUUUUAAUCUUUUGAAGAAGAGUAUGGAUUAGGAAAUGUUUAUUGUCCAUUUGAUAUAAGAAGAAGCGAGGUACAGGACUGCAUAACACAAUUUUUUUUAAAAGUUAUUAAGAUACUGGAACAAAAUAAAACGUGCAGAAGUGCUUUUCAUAAAAUAACUUUGUUCAUAUCGUAUUGAUCUCUGUGUAUCAUAGCGUGAUGGUUAUGGCUGUGUAAAUACUUACAAACAGUAACUUUUAAAGGGUGCAUUUCCCUUAUAUAUUUUGGAUAAGAAAGUUUAGGAAGUACCAAAGAAGCAGGGGAAUAGCUUGCCGAUAUUAUGUUGUUGUCUACAAAUGUGGGCGUGUGUUAUGUUUCCCCACCUCUAAUUCAACGUUGUUUUCACCAAGCUCCCACCAGUGAGGCUUGGAUAGUACUGUUCAUGUCUUAAUGUAACUUAAAAAAAAAAAAAGCACACAAAAAAGUUAGUUCUCAUUACUUAGUAGGCAGACCACAGUUCUCCACAUUAGCUGAUAGUAGACUGACUUCAUUUUGUGGGUUGGAUUUGAAGUAUCUCACUGCUCACCUUCUACAUUUCCCCUUCAAGUCUCGGCUCCCGGUUGCCCUACUGUCACUUCCAGCGGGAGAACAGACUGUCAGUCUCCCCUUUUUCUGUCCAUCCAGCCACAACCACACACUCUCAGGUACAGGAGCGGGACCGCGG